UCGAAUGGUAAAGGGUCGGCUGUACCUAAAUUCGCUGAGCAUGCAGAGUUGGUGAUUGAAAUCAAUGACGCUCUCUCCGAUCUUACCGCUCAAACUGUUCGAGUAAAUCUUGCUCCUAUUAAUACUGCAGCUCCAAUGGCGUAUGCUAACAACGGUGUUGUCUACGCUCCUCAAAUGAUUAAUGUGCAAUGA